GAUGAAAAGGGGUUUGAGCAGAGCAGGCUCCAGUCCUCUGAAGGACACGGAAGGAGGAAGGAGCCUGUUGGCUUCUCACGUUUUUAUUAUUGCUUUUGCUGACCCCUGACAGACCCAGCUGGGCAGGAAGGCUUGUGACCAAGCAGGGACUGACUGUGUGCAGACAUGGCAGCAUCCCUGGACACACUCAGCCUCUCCCAGAUGCUGGAUCUCGCCAUCGGGACGCCCCAGAAGGGGAUCAUUCACUUUGCAGCCAUGCGAAAACUGCUGCAGGCCGUGCUGGAGCACCUGGACGUGCAGUACCUGACCAGCCAGGAGCCGUGGCCGGGCCAGCUGAGUGGCCCCUCACUUGCUGAUGUGGCCACUGACAUGGCAAAGAUGAAGAAAGAGAUGGAAGACUACAAGAAGCACAUGUCCAAGGUUCUUCGUGAGGAGUUUGGUGGGAUAAAGGCAGAACUUUCCCACCUCUCCGAGGACAUGAAGAAGUUCCAGGAGACACAGACCAUGGCUAUGUCUCAGCAUGAGGAAGAAAUUGAAAAGUUAAAGGCUGCCAUGCGUCAUACGGCAGGGGAAAUGAAGAAGAUCCAGAUGUCACGGGACGAGGACAUGGCUCUCAUGCGGGAUCUCCGGGAGGAGAUGGACAGGAUAAAGACAACACAGAUCCUCAUGGAGGGAGACAUAAAGAAGAUUAAGGAAUCGCUUGCCUUAAUGAAGAAGCUGGAGGAGGACCUUAAAAAGCUGAGGGAGGAUGCAGCCAAGUGGAAAGAAGAGAGCAAGAAGGAGAUCUCUCAGCAAAUUGAGGCUUUGCGUCAGGACACAAAACGUGAGCUGCAGAAGAUGGGAGAGCAGCAGGAGAUGAGGAAUGCCAUGCUGGAGCAGAUGGUGACUCAGACAGCCGACCAGCUGAACGAGCAGGAUCAGGAGCUGCGCCAGCAAAUGGAAGCCAAGUUUCUGCAGAUGCAAAAAGACUACGAGAAACUCAGCUUAGCCUCAGGGAUCCUCCAGAAGGACUCUCAACAAAAGCAGAAAGAAAUCACGAUGCUGUUCCAGUCUCUGGAGAAGAUUCAGAAGGAGAAGGCAAAUGAGCAGGACGUGAUGGCAGCAAUGGACAUGGUACAGUCUCAAUGGGCCUCUCUGCCAGCCCAAGGGUUUCCAGGCAGGGUGCCAAAUGCCCCUUGUCCCUUGGGGGCUGGGUGGCAGAACUGGCCUGGGGAGGGAGAAUUUCCCGAGCAUGUUGGGGUUCCCUCACCCUCCCGAUGGUGGGACCAAACCCACCAGGGUGAUGGGGCACAUGGGGCCACAGCACCCUGAAAGGGGCACGAUG